AUGGGGGUUUUACAAAGCUCUAAGCGUUCUUUGUGGAUUGGUUCUGUAUUCGGCUUCUGUACAUUCAUUCUGUGCUCCUACUUUCUCCUCUCGUUAUAUCCUCAACGGAACGAGCCCCUACGACCGCAGAUAACAGAUGUAUUCAAGACAAACUGUCAUAAGAAAGCCAACAAUACAAAUACAAACGAUGCAGCCCUUCCGUCAUUACUAGCAGAACUAUGGAAACCUCUAAUACAUCCUAUCGAGGAACGAGUAUUUGUCACUGACAAAGGAGAUCGUUUCGAGAUACCAGAGAACCAGAUGCGAUGGAAGAAACCGCUUGGCAAAAGAGUCGUACUAAUCGAUACGGAUACACGCCUCGAUGCAAAGAACGAUAACACAAUGUUGAAUGACUGCCCUUUGCACUAUCCAUCUCUUCCCGGUCGAACAGCAGGCCAUCUCAAUCACUAUAUAUAUGGUAAAGUAAACAGAACCCAUGAUAUGACUGCCUUUUAA